AUGGGUGCUGGUUCGAGUCAUAAUAGAAAAGUGAGUAUAGAAACUCAAUUUCCAGUUUCAUCAAAAUUACGAACACGAACUCCUUCGCCUCGACCAGUACCAAGAGAUGCAAAUUUAUCUCGACGGCCAUAUUCAUCUCACCCAUCGCCAUGGUUAACCAAAAGAAAUACACAAAACCAUGAAUCAAAUAAGCAUUUAGCCUUAUACGAAUCAAUAUGGGAAACAAGUGGAAAGUUAUCAUCAAAAUUUGAACAAUUAGUAAAAUCUUCUUCAACUAAUAUUGAACAUGAUCAAAAAGAAACAAAUCAUAAAGAAUUAGUAACAAAACAUACAACUAAAUAUGAAACAGCUGAAGUUGAAUCAAAGUUAACAACUCAGUUUGAAUCAAUUCAUAAUUUAUCGACAUCAGAUAGAUUAGAUACAUUAAUGAAUGAUUUAAAACAGACUCAUACAAAUUUUGAUCAAACUGUUCAACAAAGAAUUCAACAAAUAACAUUACAAACAGAAUCAAUUCUUGCGCAAAUUGUUCAAGAAACUCAACAAAAUCAACAAAAUUUAUUAAUUGAAGCUAAAGAACAACAAACAGUUGAAGAUGAACAAUAUAGAAUUUUAUUAGAAGAAUUUAUUAUAAAAUUAGAUGAAAAAAAAGCAAAACAAUUAGCUUUAAUACAAGAAAAACUUAAACAACAACGUUUAGAAAUUUUUAAUGAGUCUCAAUUAAAAAUUCGUACUGUUAGUGAACAAGCGGCUUUAAUGAAAAAUCAAAUUAUGUUUGAAGAAGAAAAAAAAACGUCAGAAAACAUUGAUUUAAUUGUUAAUGAAAUAAAAUCGAUUUCAAGUGAUUCAGCUAUUCAACAAUUAGGAACACAAAUAAAAACACAGAUUAAUUUGACUCUUUAUGAAAAAGUGGGAUCAAAUAAAUCUCAAAGUGAAGUUAAUUUUAAUUUAGAUGAUCAAAAUAGAAGUAAUAAUACAAAUGAAAAUAUUUUUAAAAAAAUAACUUUUAUGUCAAAUCAAUCUUCAAAUCAAACAACAUUACAAUAUCCGACAUCAAUUAAAUUAUGUGAUCAUCAAACUAGAAACAACAAAUUAAUUAAUUAG